GCCAUCCAUCCAUCCUCUUCAUUUUCCGUUCAGAAACGUGUUGGCACUUCCAUGGAAGCCGAACGGCCAUUUAGAAGCUCAAGAAUACUCGAUGUUCCACCUAUAAAUACUUCACACCAGGUGUUGAACAGAUUUUGAAAUUCGCCACAUUCUUUUGUAAGUUAUGUAUCCUCUCUAGGAGCAUAGAGAUAUAUCUCUUGGAGUUUCAUGGAGACAUAUUUGCUUUUCAAUUGUUUAUCCGGCCAAUUUCCUCCAACAAUCUCAAGAAAGUAAUUCGCGUCGGAUAUGCCUGCACAUAUCAACUCACAAGGCGUUGUCGCCGCACUCAUCGGAGCUAUGUUAUCUCUACUUGUGCGUUGCGAAGUAGCUUGUGAUACACCCGCAUGGGGAGCCGUAUUAAUCGGAUUAACGCUCAGAAAAGUCUUUUGCGUAUAGUGGCUUUUAGGAAUGUCGAAUUUAUCAUUGAGAAGUAUUUUGGAUACAUGCAAGCUCACUGGACCAAACUUUCUGGACUGGGAAAGAAAUGUGCGUUUAGUUCUUAGACAAGAAAAUAUUGAGUAUGUGUUAGACACACCGGUACCCAAGAUUCCUGAUGCCAACUCUCCUGAGUUUGCCACGUUUGACCUGAUUGCUCGAGAGAAACACGUCACUGAUGCUAAAAUUGUGCAAUGUGUUAUGUUGGCUGCAAUGUCUAUGGAGUUGCAAAGACAACACGAUAGGAUGAGUGCCUUCGAGAUGCUUGAACACUUGAAAAGUCUGUUUGAUUCAGAAAGUCAGACUCUAGAGUAUGAACUUCUGACAGACAUUUUCAAGUGUAGGCUUCAAGAGGGUGGCAACGUGUCUGAGCACGUCCUCAAAAUGAUUGGCUUAAUUGAAAGAGUUGCUACCACCAGAAUUAAGUUUGAGGAUCGUGUCUCAGCUGCUAUCAUCCUAUAUUCGCUUCCGAGUUCAUUUACUAACUUCAUUGUGAAUUAUAAUUUGAACAAAACAAAAGCGACCAUGCCUGAACUCCAUAACAUGCUCAAGUCUUAUGAAGCCUCAACCUCUAAAGGAAAGACUGUUCUUAUGGUAAGCUCUAAUGCUAAGUCUCGUUCUAAGAACAAGAAUAAGCAAAAGAAGAAAGGUAAGGUUGGACCUACUCCUACAGCUCUGAAGCCUAAAGGUGGAGGUCAUAUGAAGCCAAAGGUUGCAAAGGAUGUUUGCCUCUACUGCAAAGAGAAGGGGCAUUGGAAGAGAGAUUGUGACCUGUAUAAGGCUAAUCUAGCCAAAGCACCGGGUGCUUCAAGCUCAGAAGCCUGAGAAGCAGUGUAGCAGUUGGACUGGGUAAAAUUGACCUACGCGUGAAGGCUGGAGCAAAAGUUGCUGCUGAACGUGAUAGGAUCUUAUAGUUUAGAUUUGCCUAGUGGUUUUAGAUUAGAAUUAAAUAAUUGUUAUUUUAUUCCUUCUAUUACCAAGAAGAUUAUUUCCAUUCAAAUGUUAGACAUUAAAAGAUUUCUGUUUCCAUUUUGAUAAUAAUAAUUGUUAUUUUCGUAAAAUGGUG